UAAAUAGAAAGACUUGGCCCCAAGACCAUGGCAUUUGGCUGCCAACUUUGCAACGAUGAGCAUCAAGUUCAAUGUGAAUGGCUUUCCCUAUGAAGUGCAGGCCACGGACUAUGCUCCGGACAUAACACUAAAUACAUUCCUUAGGGAGCACUUGCAGCUAACGGCCACCAAGUAUAUGUGUUUGGAGGGCGGAUGCGGUUCGUGUGUGUGUGUCAUACGACGUUCUAAUCCAGCCACAGGAAAGAUUGAAGCAAGAGCAGCAAAUUCGUGCCUAACCCUACUGAAUACCUGUGAUGAUGUGGACAUAGUCACCGAUGAGGGCUUGGGAAAUCAACGCAGUGGCUAUCAUCCGAUACAGAAGCGUUUGGCCAAAAUGAAUGGCACUCAGUGUGGUUACUGUUCGCCGGGUUUUGUGAUGAAUAUGUACGGUCUGUUGGAGCAACACGUGGGCCAGGUGAGCAUGGAACAGGUGGAGGAUGCAUUUGGCGGUAACAUAUGUCGAUGCACCGGCUAUCGCCCCAUAUUGGAUGCCAUGAAAUCAUUUGCUGUCGAUAGCACAAUUAAAGUGCCGCCCGAAUGUGUGGAUAUUGAGGAUUUUUUCGAGCUACUGUGUCCGCGUACUGGACAAUCUUGCAGCGGCAGUUGUUCACGUUCAUCAUUGAGGGAUUCAACAGCCACUCAAUGGUAUUGGCCCAAGACAAUGGCACAGCUUUUUUCUGCCCUCAGUCAGGUGGGUAGUGGAGAUCUUUUCAUAUUGGUGGGUGGCAAUACUGCUCACGGUGUCUACAGAAGAUCGCGGAAUAUACAGCAUUACAUCGACGUGAAUAUGGUGCCAGAAUUGAAACAAUACAGCAUCGAAUCGGAUCACAUUCUCCUCGGUGGCAAUCUAACUCUCACGGAGACUAUGGAAGUCUUUCAGCUGGCUGCUCAGCGUUCCGGCUUCGAAUACUGCUUGCAGUUGUGGCAGCAUUUCAACCUGAUUGCGAAUGUGCCAGUGCGAAAUAAUGGAACACUAGCUGGCAAUAUAAGCAUUAAGAAGCAGCAUCCGGAAUUCCCAUCUGAUGUUUUCAUUACUUUCGAGAGCUUAGAUGCAAAUGUUCUGGUCUAUGAUAGUCCUAGCAGUCAACGUGUCAUGAGUCUAUUAGACUAUUUAAUUGACACCACACCCAAAUUGGUUAUAGGUGGUUUCAUCUUGAAGGCCUAUCCGAAGGAUAAAUAUCUUUUCAAUUCUUACAAGAUAUUACCCCGUGCUCAAAAUGUUCAUGCCUAUGUGAAUGCUGGAUUCCUCAUCGAAUGGCAGAAUAUCCAACGACACACAGUUCGUUCGGCUCGCAUUUGUUUUGGCAAUAUUCGACCCAAUUAUGUCCACGCUCAGCCGGUGGAGCAGCUACUUAUUGGCAGGGAUCUCUAUGAUCCAGCCACAAUCACUCAAAUCUUUCACCAACUACUAGCAGACCUUCAACCGGAGGAAAUGCCACCAGAAGCAUCACCUGAAUAUCGUAAGACAUUGGCUUGUUCUCUAUUCUAUAAGUUUCUCUUGGGAUCGGCACCAAAUAAUCUAGUACGAGAUCAAUAUCGGAGUGGAGGACAACUGCUGCAGCGUCCAAUCUCCUCUGGUAGUCAGCAAUUCGAGACCAUAAAAAAGAACUAUCCUGUUACGGAGCCAGUGCCAAAGUUGGAAGGUCUCAUUCAAUGCUCUGGCGAAGCGAAGUACAUGAAUGAUCUAUUGACCACAUCGAAUGCGGUUUAUUGUGCCUAUGUGACAGCAAAACGAGUGGGAUCAACCAUUGAACAAAUCGACCCAUCUGCUGCCUUACAAUGCAAAGGUGUCGUAGCCUUUUUGGCUGCCAAAGAUAUUCCAGGAGCGAAUAAUUUCUAUAGAGCCAGUUUGCUGGCUAGCGAAGUCGAAGAAAUUUUCUGUUCUGGCCGUGUAAAGUACUACGAUCAGCCCUUGGGUGUGAUAGCAGCCGUGACCCAGGAUGUGGCCGUUUAUGCGGCAACCUUAGUGCAAAUUAUCUACGCUAAUGAUCAGGUUAAGAUCUAUACCAGCAUGAAUGCAGUGCUGGCUGCCAAAGUGAAAGAACGCAUUGUCAGCUCCCAGAGAGAAGAAGCAAAUCUCAGCCCUUGUCAACCUUUACUGCCCGGCGAUGUUAUGGGUCAGGGAGUACUUGAAUUGGGCUCACAAUAUCACUUCACGAUGGAGCCUCAGACGACAAUAGUCGUACCGGGUGAUCAAGGUCUGGAUGUUUGGUGUUCCACACAAUGGAUGGAUGUGACGCAAGAUAAUAUUGCCAGAAUGUUAAGCUGGGAUGGAAAUGCAGUACAGUUGCAAGUACGUCGAGUGGGAGGCGGAUAUGGCGCCAAGGUCAGUCGAUGCAAUCAAGUAGCCUGUGCCGCCGCAUUGGUGGCCUUUAAAUUGAAUCGUCCAGCUAGAUUUGUGCAAACUAUCGAAUCGAUGAUGGAGUGCAAUGGUAAACGAUUUGCCUGCCGAUCGGACUAUGAGUUUAGAGUCCGCGCAAGUGGUUCGAUCGCUCUCUUGACCAACAAUUACUACGAGGAUGCGGGGUGCACUCUCAACGAGAAUGUGGUGGACUUUUUGACUCUGCCCGCUCUUAAGAAUGUCUACAAUUUGACCGAUUCAAAUUUCAAGCCAAAAGGAAGUGCAAUUGUAACUGAUGCAGCUAGUUCGACAUUCUGUCGAGCUCCUGGAACAGCAGAAGCCAUUGCCAUGACAGAAACUGCCUUGGAACACAUUGCGUUUGCCUGUAAAUUGGAUCCAGCUGAUGUACGUCUAGUAAACCUACGACCUGGCACCAAAAUGGUUCAACUAUUGCCCAGAUUCAUAGCCUCCACAGAGUAUCGCAAACGCCGCACGGAGAUUAAUCUCUUCAAUGCCCAAAACCGUUGGCGCAAGCGUGGUUUGGGCUUGGCCUUAAUGGAUUUCCCUCUAAACACUCAAAUCGCCUACUCUUACCCAACGACAGUGGCUAUAUAUCACAACGAUGGGUCGGUGGUUAUUUCGCAUGGCGGAAUUGAAAUCGGACAGGGAAUUAAUACGAAGGCUGCUCAAGUAGCAGCAUUCGUACUAGGAGUUCCCCUGGAACGUGUUCGCAUCGAGAGCAGUAAUACAGUUGUGGGAGCAAAUGCCAUGGUGACAGCCAACUCCAUGUCCAGUGAAAUGAUUGGGUUAGCUGUACGAAAAGCCUGCGAUACAUUGAAUAAACGUCUGGCACCAGUUAAGAGCCAGCUAGGACCUCGAGCUACAUGGGAGCAAGUUGUAGCUAACGCAUGGACUCAGUCGAUUAGUCUCAUGGCAUCGGAUUCUUAUGCCCUGGGCGAAAUACCCAAUUACAAUAUUUAUGGUCUUAGCCUGACCGAAGUAGAGGUGGAUAUACUCACUGGCAAUCAUUUAAUACGACGAGUUGAUAUCCUGGAGGACGCUGGCGAGAGUUUGAGUCCAAAUAUUGACGUGGGUCAGGUGGAAGGAGCUUUUGUCAUGGGCUUGGGCUAUUAUCUAACGGAACUUUUAGUCUAUGAUCGUCAGACGGGUCGCAUUCUAACAAAUCGUACAUGGAAUUAUCAUCCACCAGGAGCUAAGGACAUUCCCAUUGAUUUUCGUAUUGAACUUUUGCAGAAAAGUCCAAAUCCUGUGGGUUUUAUGAGAUCUAAGGCAACAGGAGAACCGGCUUUAUGUUUGGCAGUCGGUGUUCUCUUCGCCAUCCAACAUGCCAUACAAUCGGCUAGACAGGAUCAGAAUCUACCCAGAGAAUGGGUACGUUUGGGUGCUCCAACCACACCAGAAACCAUUGUCCUGAAUGCUGGCAGUCAAGUAGAAACAUUUUCUCUGCAAUAAAUGCAAAUUCAUAACUAUAAUAAUAUAUAAUUUUUAAGUAAUACAAACGUUUCCAACAAUAUAAGUAAGCUAUUGUCUCAUUAA